AUGAUGGUAAAUAUGAUCGAUCCAUUAAUGGCUAUGAAUUCGAUACAGCAUUAUACGAAACUGAAAGUGAAUAUCAUUCUCUUUAUUUAUACUCAUCAUUUUAGUAUUUUUCACAUCAUUUUAGUAUCAUCUAACAUUUGUGACGAAUAUAACAUCCAUCAAACGGUGAGACGAUUUGGCAAUAAUUCAGGCUAUGUCUUUUGCACUGGACGUAAAAAAGGCAUUCAACAAUUAUGUCUAUCAGGUACUGAGGUGACAUUUCAAGUCGAUGGAUGUGUCAACAAAACAACAAAUACAACAGUAUUUCCAGCUGGAUCUCGAUGUGCUUUAAAACCUUGUGAAAAUGAUGGUCUUUGCUUUGAUUUGUCAUCAGCUGAUGCAUAUCAUUGUGUUUGUCGUGAUCCAUAUACAGGUGUUCAUUGUCAAAUACAAGAACGAAUAUAUCCUCCAUUUAUAUGUGGUAAUAGAACAUCGAAAAUUCUGCCAUACUCUCAAACUUUUACAUCAGAUAAGGCCCUUCCUUACAUUUGUGUAUGUUAUAUAAAAGGUUUACGAUACGUGGUUUAUGCACUCAAUAAUUGUCAUAAUGAAAAAUUAUUUCAUAAAGUUUGUGAUGGCAAAGAACCUUUUGUUGGCGCUUUACCAUUUACUAAUAAAGCCUUUUAUAUUUGUCUGCCUGAGUGGCGUGGUGCGCAUGUGCUAUCAUGUGGCUUAGAUCAUGUGUGGAAUGACACACAAAAAGAAUGUGUACCUGAAUAUACAUUAAUGUAA